AUGCACAGACUCGAAUUGACUAUCCUGAAGACAGUUGUAAAUAACAGUAAAAGAAAAUUACUUGAACAUUAUGUGGACUGCGAACUCGUGGAAUACACUGUCCCUGGUAGUUGUGUUAAGUCAGCCUUUUCGUCUUCUAAUAAAUCUAUAUUUCGUUUCCCACCCUCUCCUUCUCACAAGAUUGCUGGUUACUCUUCUAUUAUUGCUUUGCGUAAGCAUUUGAAUUUGUAUGACAAUAUGCGUCCUGUCAAGUCUGCUAACUCUCCUGGUUUACCCAACCAAAAGUUAUUGGAUAUGCUCAUCAUUAGUGAAAACACUGAGUAUUUGAUGACAUUUGAUAUGACCUUGACGCGUGAAAAGCUUAGAUCCGAAACACCUGUCACCAACCGUUUCUGGAAGCAUAACCCUCGUGUCACCAUCAUUCACAAGUCCAAUACUGCUCGUGGCGUCAAGGAAAAGAAUGCCGAAGUAAACAAGGGAGUUGAUAUGGAAGAGCAAUUAGUGGUUCCUAAUGUUUACCGUAUGUUCCGUGAGUCUGAGGCCUUUGACGUUGUCGUCGCCCUCAACCUUUAUGGUGACAUCAUCUCUGAUGGUGCUGAUGCUCUUGUCGAUUCUCUUGGUAUUGCUCCCUCCGCCAACAUUGGUGAUAAAUUUCUCAUGGGUGAACUCGUUCAUGGUUCCACUCCUGAUAUUGCUUGUAAGGGUAUUUCUAACCCCAUUGCCUCUAUUCGUUCUGCUGGUAUAUUGUUGGAACACAUGGCUUAUACCUCUCAAGCUCUCAAGAUUUACAACACUGUCGAUGCUGUCAUGGCUGAUGCCUCUAUUCUUACCCCCGAUUUGGGCGGUAAGAGCUCUAGCUCUGAAGUGACUAAAGCUGUUCUUAAGAACCUCCGUGCUUAAGGCAUACACUCAUAGGCAUUAUUACCCCCC